GGUUUGGGUGCCGCUGCCGCCGCCGCCGCGAGAGGAGGAGGAGGAGGAGCCCGUUGCCAUGGUGCCCAGCAAAUGCCGGCCAGCUGUCGCCGGGGCCCGACCGGGACACGCCGUCUCGGCAAACAAUUAUGGGCUUCAGCUGGUUCUCCAGAGUACAUCAGCAGCAGAAAGAACCAAACCUCUUGAGUUCAGAUUACACAAAGAGCAGCCAUAUCUUCAUAACAGAUUCUUGCAGCAUGAUCUUGAAAAGAACUAUUCCGGAAAACAAGCUGAUGGAAGAUUAAGUCCUAUAUCACGCAGUAAAAAGUUGUAUGUCCCUGUAGCACCAAAUUUUGCCGAUAUUCCCAGCAUGGAGGUGAAAUAUGGUGCAGGCUCUCUGGCAACAUUUGGAGACUCCUCCUUUCCUAACCCUUCAAAAUACAGACUUCAACAGGGCUGUCAUAAUGGUAGUCCAAAUAUUUCAGAUAAUAUCACUUAUGGGAACACUGCUUUUCCCCUAGUGCACCGAACUGCAGAAGAGAAAAUGCAGCAUUCUGACAGGCUGACUCUUGAAAGACAAAAGCUGACUGUUUGCCCAAUUAUUGAUGGAGAAGAGCAUCUUCGUCUGCUGAGCUUCCAGCAUAACUGCAUAACACGGAUCCAGAAUAUUUCUAAUUUGCAGCAUCUUGUUUUCUUAGAUCUGUAUGAUAAUCAGAUAGAGGAAAUCAGCGGCCUUACUACACUAAGGUCCCUCCGUGUUCUUCUGUUAGGAAAUAACAGAAUAAGGAGAAUAUCAAACCUGGAUAACCUUGUAAGCCUUGAUGUCUUGGACCUUCAUGGAAAUCAGAUUGCUAUCAUAGAAAAUCUCAACCAUUUAAGUGACCUCAGAGUGCUGAAUCUUGCCCGGAAUUGCUUAACAUACAUUGAAAACCUGAACGGGCUAGAUUCACUGACAGAACUUAAUCUUAGAUAUAAUCAGAUCAGAAUUGUGAAAGAUGUGGAUACUUUGCCCUGCCUCCAACGUCUGUUCCUCAGCUUUAACAAUAUAUCUCGUUUUGAUGACAUCUUGUGCCUUGCCGAUUCUGCAUCCCUUUCAGACGUCACCCUAGAUGGCAACCCGAUAGCGCAAGAGGCGCUUUACAAGCACACUGUUCUCCACCAUAUGAUGCAGCUCCGACAGCUGGAUAUGAAGAAGAUCACAGAAGAAGAAAGGCGCAUGGCAUCUGUUGCCUUACGAAAAGAGGAAGAGAAGCGGCGUGAAAGCCACAAGCAGACCUUACUGAAGGAAAAGAAACGAUUAACCAUUAGCAAUAUUGCCCAUCAGUGGGAGAGCCAACAGAACCGCUCUCUGCCUUCCAGCCAAGAAAACAACGAAGACAACGAAUCUUCUCACAACAGCAGGAGUACUCCAUAUGUAUUUCCCGAGGAAACCAGGUCUCUUGAUUCACUUUUGAACAAAGGCACGCAAGGGCUGUCUGUCCUGGAUUCACACUUGGUAGAGAUAGAAGGUGACACUGUGUACCUAUAUGGCUCUGGAGCUCUGGAAUCCCUUGAUCGAAAUUGGAGUGUUCAGACGGCUGGGAGCAUCACCACAAUCUCCUUUAAUUUCAUAGACUUUGAUGAAAUUGUUCCAGUGUUGCCAAAACUGAGGAUCAGAUUUCCCAAUUCUCUACACUUGAAAUUUAAGGAGAACAACCUUGCUGUAUUGAAACAGUUCAAUGCCUUAGCCCAACUUCGCCGCCUUGAGCAGCUAACAGUUGAUGCUCAAGGAAAUCCAGUUGUCACCUUCACCCUGUGGAAGUAUUACGUGAUGUUUAGACUGGGCCAUUUCAACCUGCAAAAAAUAAAUGGAAUGGAGGUUACCCAGAAUGACAUGGUCAUGGCCGAAAAUCUCUUUGGUGUCUUAGCAUAUGUAGCAUCUUCAGAUGUACCCUACUGCCGCCUGCUUUCAUUCCUCGGAGAUUGCAGGAAGAAACAAUUGUGUUAUCUUUUGGAAGCAAAGGGGAAGAAAUUGGGGACUGCCAGUGAGGAUGGCAAUGAUCGCCGAAAGCUGGGAGGAGAGAAUGCCAGUCGGCUGGCGCUGAAUUACACCACAAGAGAUUCCCAGACAGAAAAGCUAGAGGAAGCGAAGGACAGGAAGGACUUCUGCCAUUCCUACAUCCAAGACUUGGUGAAGGAAGCGGCUGACAUCAAUAUGAAGAAUGAGUCCUUGCAGAAGCUCUGGCCUCAGAUGUUCAUUGAACUCGUCCGAGAUGCAGUGAUUGAGAUUCGCAAUAAGGAUUCCUAUAUGAAGCUCUGCUUGCAGCGGAUCACCAGCCAGAAAUCGUAGGGACAUGGCUUCCUCUGCCUUUCAGGGCCACCCUACAUUUUCCACAAAGGCUUAAAAUAGUGUUAAAAUUACCGUCAUUCUAGGAGUGUGUGUGUGUUCCAUUGAAGAAGCCUCAUUUUCACCGUAAAAUGUCCCCUCUUUUGCAUUUUCAGAUGGAGUUCUUUUUCCUUGUUCAAAUAUACACCUGUGUGUCUAUACACCAGCUUAAAGCAGCAAUAUGCAGGUAACUUGGUAUCUGUGCUGUGGUUUACUGGCUGUUUUUUGUUGCUGAUGCUGCUGUUUUUGCUAGAGCACUCAAAUUAAGAGGUAAAAAGUCCCACUCUCUCUUAUCCUCAUCCUUUCAGCUGUUUUCCUGAUUUGGCACUAUUGUUGUUUGAGUUGGGGCAGAACUUCUCAGAUGGAAAUACUGGAUUGGGGGGAUUGAAAAAUCAAUAAAUUAUUCUUUUUGUAAACCCCAAA